UACACGCCGGUCGGUGCACAAAAUACAUUCUUGCUGCAGUUCUUCUCUAAACAGGACUAUAGCCUAAACCGAAUUUACACUGACAUGCAAAACAAAUGUUUAGACCUACUUCAACUUGGUUUUGUCUUAUCAUUGCUCAGUAGGUCAGAAGCACAAGAUGUGAUCGGAUCCGGUCACUCUUGUGUCAGAUCAAAUCCCGCAGAGGACGGACAAACGCGCAUCACUUUUCUCCGAGAGGACACGGCCGGUGCGCGCUCCCUGUACGUCACCCUGUGGUCCGAAGAUAUGCGACUGGUAACAUGCGAAAUAAAUUUCAAUCCACUCGUCACGGAAAGCUAUAGUACCCUUUGUAACAGAAGCAGUCAAGAAAUCACCCAGCGUUUUAUUAAUGUCAGCAUGUUGCUGGCUCCGGAUGCACCCUGCGCACUGAAUUCCAGUGCGCCAAAGAUCACCAGGCGCACAAGAAGAGAUGGACGGGAGGAGAGAAAAAGUCGGAGAAAACGCGCCUGGACUUUCCCAGGGACACUGUGGUGCGGCACUGGAAGCAAAGCUGUGCGAUACGAACAGUUAGGCAUGUUUGAGAGUGCUGAUAGAUGCUGCCGUGAGCACGACCACUGCCUGCAUAUCAUCCCAGUUUUUACAGUGAAUUAUGGAGUCUUCAACUCCAACCUCUUCACCGUCUCACACUGUGACUGUGACCAAAGGUUUCGACAGUGCCUUCUUGGUGUGAAUGAUACUAUUUCCAGUAUGGUGGGCUACAGCUUCUUCAACAUCCUGCGGGUUCCUUGCUUUGAGCUCAAAAAACAAAAGCGAUGCACUAAGAUGUACUGGUGGGGAAUGUGCAAGGUAGCCAAAGAGGCUCCAUAUGCUGUCUUCAAAAACCCUCUUCCUUAUGACACCACUCAUGUUACAAGCGAAUAUGGAGACAACACUGAUAGCAACAUGUCAACAAGUAGUAAGAGGCAGCAUGUCACUGAAAGCCCUGAGAUUAUUCUGCACAGAAAGUCACCUAAAGGUGAACAUAGAUGUAAAUCCAGAGAUCCACCCAGAGGAGACACUUUCUACCGCCGAAGGACAAAGGGGAAAGGAUGUAACAGACGCCAGAAACUGUCACCGGUACCACCAUCCCAAAGGGCUGACACAACUACUCCUUCAAUGAAAGCAGGUCUUAUGAACACUUCUAAAAGUAGCACAUUGGUAUUAAAUAAGAAAAGAAUUGUAAAAAAGAAGAGGACCAGAAAGGGCCUGUCACCUUACUGCACACAGAAAACCCAAUUUCUAUCACAAGCGACCAUAAACUCCCCUCGCCAAACAACAUCCACAACACAAAGCACCCUAGCUUUGACACAGAGGCCGGCACUUCGACAACACUUACCAACACCCAUCACAGCUGCAGCCAAAACCAUGAAAAGACACAAAAAAACUCCAAAGAAAAGUUGUUGCUGUGGAUCCAGGAUGCAUGCAAAAGGAGACAUUUUUCGGCCUCAUUGUAAACAUUGCCAGGAACAAAAAACAACUGUUAGACCCUCAACAGCUACAAAUGGAUUGACUGUCAAAGUGACGCUAAGUAAGACAACAGAAUCACCCAAACAAGACACCUUGAAAGGACUCUGGACUACAGCUACUUCUGCAACGUCCGUCACAACAAAACUAAAGACAGCAACCUCUUUUCAUAAGGAUGGCAAGGAUUCCCAUCUCCUGUGGACUAACACACGCCAGGAGCCUGUGGGUAAAACCAUAGCCCAAAGCAUCCAUGCACAGAGAAACAUGAGAGAAAAUAAUGCAUUACAUAAUAUGACAGACAAUCAGCUCCUGUGUGAAAGCCUCAAAUAUCUGGAUGAAUGUAAAUAUAAAAUCCCUCCUUUGGAGAAGAAGUAUGAUCUACAAAACAUGGAGACAAAGACUGCCUACCACUGUGAUUGCACCAGCCGCUGGGCUGUUCAGAUUGAAAGCUUCAAACAACCAAGUAGUCUCUCCUCUCUCCUGGUGGAUUUCGUCUCUCAAUACUGCUUUAAACUGCCAAAGAAGAAAAAACACCACAGCAGAAAAAGCUGCUGUGGAGGCUUCACUAAAGCCUCUGACCUACUUCAAGCACUCAAAAAGAUAGAAGAAAAAGACACUGCUGGAGUGCGAAAUUCAGGCAAUGAGAGAAAAAGAGGGAUUCCUGUUCGCCUUUAUAAGCGAUGCCUAAGGCUGGAAAGAGAAGCUAAUAAUGUGACACAGCUCACAUGAUUAUAAACUAAGCUGCAAUGUACAGCAACAAUGAAUUGUAUAAGCUUUACAUUUCAUGCAGCAUUUUCGGUGUCUCUUUGAUGGUAUAAAUGGCAGUGUGUUUGAAAUGUUCAAGAACUGAAACACUUGAAUAUUGUAAUAUUUUUCUAAGUAAU